CAGCUUUCACGUUUAAAAAACAUUCAUUUUUCACAAUGCCUAAAAAGGAUGAGGCUUGGAAAUAUACUGAAGACUUUAUUGGCAGACAAAAAAAUCAAACAAAAUGUUUUUUUUGUAAAGAAAUUAAUUUUGGUGGCAUCAAUAGAUUUAAAUACCAUAUUGCCGGCAUACCUGGCCAUGAUAUUGAGGUAUGCAAAUUACAAACUCCUGAGGCAAAACGUUUCUGUUAUGUCCAAUUAGAAACACAUGAACAAGAAAAGUUAACUAAGAAGAGGCAAUUGGAAGAGUUAAGUGCUAUUGGCUCCCAUGCACCCACAUCCGCAUCUGCAUCCGCAUCCGCAUCCGCAUCCACAUCCGUAGGCUGUGUUGGAGAGGGUUCUUCCAUGCCUCCCUUUCACCCUAGUGCUUUUGCUAGUGCUAGUGCUUCUACUUCUACUCCUCCUGGUGGCACUAUUACCUUUGGCCCUAGAGUUCGGAAAUCCAGGUUGGAUAGUUAUUUUGUGCCGCGUAGUACUCCUGGGGCACAACCCUCGCUUGAGGGUAUGGGUUGGAACAAGGAGGUUCAUGAUGCUGCAAGAAAACAAAUUUGCAAGUUUUGGUACUUUUGCAACAUUCCAUUUAUUGCAGCCAGGUCUCCUUAUUGGCAAGGCAUGGUAGAUUCCAUAACCAUUUGUGGUGCGGGGUUUAAAGCCCCUACCGAUGCUGAGUUAAGUGGCCCCCUCUUGUUACAAAUGGUUGAGGAUAUGAAAGUUGAGCUAGAGGACCACCGACAGUCUUGGAGAGAAAAGGGUUGCACCAUCAUGACAGAUGGUUGGACGGAUAGGAGGAAUAGAACACUCCUAAAUUUUCUUGUUUCCUGCGGAGGAUCUACCAUGUUCUUGAAAUCUAUUGAUGCUUCCUCACAUGUGAAAAAUGCCACAUACUUAUGUGAGGCUAUUGAGGAAGUCAUACAAGAGGUGGGGGAAGAAAAUGUGGUGCAGGUGGUGACAGAUAAUGCAGCAAGUUAUGUUGCUGCAGGUAAACUUUUGAUGGAGAGGCACCCGAAAAUUUUUUGGUCUCCUUGUGCGGCCCAUUGCCUUGACCUCAUGUUGGAGGAUAUUGGUAAGCUUGAAUGGGUGAAAUCAAUAGUUGAAAGGGCCAAAUAUAUCAGCAAGUUUAUCUACAAUCAUGCAUUGGUCCUUAGCAUUAUGAGGCAAUACACGGGGCAAAAGGAGUUGGCUCGUCCAGGCAUCACGAGGUUUGCCUCAAACUUCCUCACACUGAAAUCCUUGAUAAAAUCAAAGGCGGCUUUGAGGCGUAUGUUUGUUGGUGAGGAGUGGACUUCCUCAUCCUAUGCUACAACCACUGCAGGGAUAGAUGUGGUAAAUUGCAUUUUUGAUGAGUCAGGUUUUUGGACCCCCUGUGGAGAAACCGUGCAGGUCACUGAGCCCCUCGUAGUUCUCCUACGAGUUGUUGAUGGGGAGAAGCCCUCUAUGGGCUAUAUAUAUGAGGGUAUGGAUAGGGCCAAGGAGGCCAUUAGGUCCAUAUAUGCAGGAGAUGAGGAUAAGUAUGGCCCCAUUUGGGAGAUUAUUGAUAGGAGAUGGCAGAACCAGCUUCACAGGCCCAUCCAUGCAGCAGCCUAUUACCUCAAUCCGGCAUUUCGAUUCCGUGAUGACUUCAAGGCAGAUGAGGAGGUUCUUAGUGGCCUGUAUACAGUGGUUCAAAAGUUGUGUACUGAUGGCACAGCCUCAAGAACAACGCUCCAGCUGGAUAAAUAUAAUAAUUGAGAAGGGGCAAUCUUCUCAAGCAGCAUGUGCAUAGAGGCUCGAACACAAUUGCAGCCAGAUAGAUGGUGGCAAAUGUUUGGGCCCUCAACCCCAAACCUUCAAAAAAUUGCCAUCCGUAUUUUGAGCCAGCCAUGCAGUGCUUCUGGAUGUGAGCGCAAUUGGUCAAUGUUCGAGCACAUCCAUUCGAAGAGGCG